UUUUUGCGCUCGUCUGUCUGUCAUGCCCACUGCAGAUGAUGUACGAAACGUUUCAUAUCACGCGCUCCGACCAUCACCGUGAAUUUUAGUGAUAAAGAGCUGCUGCGCAUCUGCUCACGGCCAGGGGUGGUUACAGUGGAAAAGAGUUAAGAAGCCAAUUAUUCAAAUCCUGCAGCAAUUUCAAUCGAUGACUGCUCUGGUAUCAUAGCAACAACACCCAAGAAUCACUGUAACAUCAGCAACACCCCCAUUCAGCCAGCACAAAACUCCCCGUUUCAAACUCCGGCGCACGGCAUCCUGACAGACACUCCCAGGAGAAUCAGCGCGAGCGCGCCGAAUAUAAGGGGAAGGCUCUUGCGCGGAAAGACACGUCCACAUGAAACGACGGGAGCGCACAAAAACGCAGCGCUGAACGGUGCCUGUCAAACCGUCUCCUAAACAUGGAAUUACGUGGAGUGCCUGGAAUUUGUAUAACAACGUGAUAUUUUCACACUCGAGGAUAGAAACUUUCGUUUUAGACACCCUAAUUAUGGGAUCUGAAUUGUACUCCUCAUGGAUGAUUAACUGACUGGUCUCCCCCUCUCUGCCUCUGCCAUGAUUGCCACUGGCGGGCUCCUGCGCAUCAACGCCCGGCGGCAGGACUCGCUCCGCUCCAAGAACCGCGCCGAGAACAAGCGCAAGCGGAAAGCCAAGAAGAAGAGGAAGAACGAGGUGGUGGUGGUGAAGGGCAAGCUGAAUCUGUUCUCCAUCUCAGGCCUGGUGGCAGCCGUGGGCGUCCUCAUCCUCCUAGUGGGGAUCGCGCUGGCCGUGCUGGGCUACUGGCCCAGGGAGAGCCGGCUGUACCCGGGUUUGCCGCUGCCCAAGCAGCCUCCGGUGCCCGAGAGGAUCUAUGAAAAGAGGCUGGCCGAGUCGGUGAACUGGACGGCCAGCGGGAAGCUCAUGUACCACUUGGACAGAGAUUUGGCUGUUAGUAACAGCUCCAACGGAACAAAUGAGGAAUCGCCCAAGUUGGGAUUUUUCGCAGCUUUUUUGAAAAAGCACCUGUACUCAGACAGGCUUAAGGUUUUUGGACCCCUUAUAAUGGGUAUUGGGAUAUUCCUCUUCAUUUGUGCCAAUGCUGUUUUGCAUGAGAACAGGGACAAAAAGACCAAAAUAAUCAAUCUCAGAGACAUCUAUUCCACCGUCAUUGACAUUCACAGUUUGCGGGCUAAGGAGAAUGUGCCGCUCAAUGGCUUUGUGAACUAUGUGCAGUCCAAAGGAGUGGAGUGUAAGCCCAGUGCCAUGUAUACAGCUGCACUCUUGGCAAAGAGCUCGUGGCCUACAGGUGCCGGAAAGCCAGAUUCAGAGGAUCUUUGCCCGUCAAGACGCCACUCGUUCAGCAAAUUUGAGAGCGCUUCACUCGACAAGCAGACUUUCACAGACACAGUGUACAGCAUCUACAGGGAGCAGAACAGGACGGACAAGCCGACCCCGACUCCCAAACAGUGGGAAACGAGGACCUUAGUCACGUCCUCCGUAAACGCCUUCACGCUGCCCAUGAUUAAGCUCAACAAUCUGAUGAUCGAGGACAGGAGGGCUUCCGUCAAAGCCAACAGAGGGAGAGAGGGCACCGACACUUCCUGUGACAGUCCGGACCACCCCAACGUUUGCCACGUCGGGUGCACCACGGAGGCCAAAGUGGAAACAGGGCGCACGCACACAGUCCUCUCCCAGGAUUCGGUGGAGGUGUACAAGAGCAACGGCAGCCUCCUGGGGGCCUCCCAGAUCUCCCCACAGGGCUCACAGGUGCAGCUGCUCCCCGCCUCGCCAGGCCCCAAGGUGACCGGAUCCCACCUGUCUCUGAGCGCCCUCUCGGACUACUCCAGGUCCAUCGACUUGGGAGUCUGCCCCUCCAGCCCCAGGGAGUGGCAGGUGGAGAGACCACGCCGCCUCAGUUGCCCUCGUCUCGAGGGGUACGGCAGCGGGGGUUACGUUAAACUUGGGAACCUGGGAGGGGAGUCCUUCGAGUCAUACGAGGCUGUGCCACUCAGUCAGGUGACGUCCAUGAAAGUGCUGGACAAAGAACAGACUGAAAAACCCUCAGAUGAACAAGAGGGGAACGGCACUAUGGGAGAAGUCCAAGACGGCUUGACGAGGCAGUACUCCAACAGAGAAAAACUCUUAAUGAUAUCCCAGACAGACACUACUGUGGAGAAUGAAGAGAUCGAGAGCAGAGAAUAGAGAGAGAAGAGUGGCUGAAUCAGUGGCUGAGUGGCUGGUCAGGCUAGAGGUAGAAUGUUUUAAAUGAUCGGCAAAGCUGUUGGAGGCUUUCUGGACCCUUCAGAGAGCAACAGCGCCUUUGCAAUUACGGUGUCACCACCGAAAUAUGGAUCUCUGGCUGGCCGCUAGCAUACCAUUAAUACUGUAUGUAUCCAAUUUUGUAAUGCCUUCCAAAAUUAAGUUUGCAAUAUCCCAUCAUGCGUGAUGUGUUCAUGAUGUGUUCAUUGAAUUGUACAGUGCAGAAACCCAAAGACUCCUUGAUGUUGCAGUUGGAGAAUUCCAUUUCUAGCAGGUGAUAUAAAGCAAAAAAAAAUUAAAGAAGGAAAUAGACGGUUACAUAGCACAGGUGUAUCUCCACUAGAUCUACAAGUCUAUAGAAUCAUGUGCAAUUUUCUGUGUGGUUGUCCCACCUGUGUGCCAGUGUUUCUCUUGUGAAUGAGAGUUGCUGUCUCAGCAGCAUGUGUGUUAUAGUGUAGUGUCAUUGCACUUUUUGGAUACCAGAUGAUGUUUUGGUAAAGGUGUCAAUUCAACCCUAGCAAUAUUUAAUUUGACUUGUCUGAUUGCUCGUAAAGGAAAUAAGUUUGCAUUGACUUGUUGACAAAGUAUUUUUUUUAUUACACUUGUAUGUGACUUGCUUAUUUUUUUUAGAUUAGUCUUGCUUGUUUAGAGAUCGUUGGUAAAUCUGAAAAUGUAAGCACAAUACCCUCUUUCUCUUAAAUGAAAUCCAACUGUCAGGCGUCCUUGACCCUUGACACAGUCAGUGUUCACAAACCAUCCCUCUGUUUAGGGUCUGUGUUUUUGUAACCAACUAAAUGCUGUACGGUUUAAGGACACAUGCUUAUAGUACAUGGUCUCCACUCUCUCUUCCAGGACCAGUCAGUCACACUGCUAAUCCAAUCCAACUCACGAUGCAAAAUGAACACUCAUCCUGUGUUUGUACAUUCAUAUCAUUUACAGUACUUAUAUGUCUUUCAGCCAUCACUCUGUCUUUGCGCUUCCGUUAGGAGGCGCUAUACGGCAUUGCAUUCAAAGGGAAUUGACUCUCACAUUAAAGAAAUGGCACGACUGCUUUGCA